AUGUAUAAUUUACAGCUGAAGCUAAAGCUAAAAAUAAAGCUGAAGGUGGUGGAAGAGCUGGAAGUGGAAUUAGGGCUAAAUCUAGAGCUGGAUUUGGAGAUGAUGAUGGAGGUUAAGCUGGAGCUUAAGUCGGAGCCCAAGCUGAAUCCAAAGGUGGAAAUGGAGUUAGCUAGAGCUAGAGCUAGAGCUAAAGCUAGAGCUAAAGCUAGAGCUAAAGCUAGAGCUAAAGCUAGAGCUAAAGCUAGAGCUAAAGCUAGAGCUAAAGCUAGAGCUAAAGCUAGAGCUAAAGCUAGAGCUAAAGCUAGCGCUAAAGCUAGAGCUAAAGUUAGAGCUAAAGCUAGAGCUAGAGCUAGAGCUAGAGCUAGAGCUAAAGCUAGAGCUAGAGUUAAAGCUAGAGCUAAAGCUAGAGCUAGACCUAGAGCUAGACUUAGAGCUAAAGCUAGGGCUACAGCUAGAGCUAGAGAUUGA